AUGUUCUUCACUGUAUCUAUAACACCAAUCAUCUGGUUCAAUCUUCUACUAUGCAUCGCUUCUGAUAAAAAUGAAACUUCCCAUCUACCUAAUUUCGGUGCUGCUGAUGAAAUUAUUACAAAUAAUACUAAUUCUGGUGUAUCAGAUAGCUUUGAUUACAACAACUUUGAACCAUUAUUUAGCUCAGAAUUUCUGUUCGAUCCUUCGCAGUUCAUUGAUUUUGCUCAAGUGAGUGAAAUUGAGGAUAUAAGCAGUAGAGAAUCGAAUUCUGCGACUGAUCUGUUCACAAUUACUCCUCAUCCUGGCUUCAUCUCACCAAGUUAUGAUGAUUUCAUUGUCCACACUAAUUUGGAGUCAUUACUUGACUCAAAUUUGGAUUCAUACAGGAACGUAUGGAAAGAUGCUAAUGGAGAAUUAAAAACGAAUGAUGAUAAAGCACGAUAUCCUAUCAUUAGAGAUGCUCAAAGUGGAACUUCUUCGCCACUUAAUGUCAACACCGAUGACAUUAUCACAUAUAUGUACUUACCUGGUUCACAACAAAAUGUCGCUCCAGUCUGUUUUCACCAACUUACUCUUUCCUCAGACGAUACAUCCGGUCAACAUGGAAAUACUGAAGAGAGUAACAUCGAUAACACAUCAAUGAAGAAUCAAAAACAGGUCAAUGAAGGAUCAAAAACAGAUAACAGAAAGUAUAUUUGUUAUUAUCCCGGAUGUACUGUGAUCGCGACAAAUUACAACGAAUAUGUAACACAUAGGAAAGCACAUGGUCAAGCUCUCAUCUAUGAAUGCAGAGUGCCCGGUUGUGGGAGAACAUUUGACCAUAGAACAUCAUUUUGUAGUCACAUACAAACGCAUCAACCUAAGCAUCAAUGCAAAAAUUGCGGCAAACUCUUCUGUAGGAAGAAUAUACUGCAAAAACACAACAAGCACUGUGGCACACCACUUCAGGAACGAAGCUACGAAUGUGUCUAUCGCGGAUGUACUAUGGUUACAAAAGAUUACAAAGAAUAUAUAGCACAUAGGAAAGCACAUGGUCAGCCCUUCAUCUAUGAAUGCAAAGUGCCCGGUUGUGGACGGACAUUCGAUCGUAAACCAUCAUUUUACAAUCACAAGCAAACGCAUGAAUCUCAUCAUGAGUGCAAGUGCUGUGGCAAAUUCUUUAGUACCAAGAAUGGACUACAAAAACACAAAAAGAACUGCCCAACAAAAUUUCAUAAACGAGGUUAUGAAUGCCUUUAUCCUGGAUGUGCUGUGAUCUCGAAAAGUUUCAACGAUAAUCUAAAGCAUAAAAGAACACACAAUGGACCUUUCAUUUAUGAAUGCAAAGUGCCCGGUUGUGGACGAACAUUCUACCAUGAAUCAUCGUUACGCGAUCACAAGCAAACGCAUGGACCUCGUUGUCAAUGCGAGGGCUGUGGCAAAUUCUUUUAUCGUAUGAGUGUAUUAAAACUUCACAAGAAAUCGUGUUCCAAAGCUCUUCGUUAG